AUUAUUAAUUUUCACGAAUUGGGAAGUUGGAGUGGAUGUUUAGGUGGGAAAUAUCUGGCGGCGCUGUGAACCGACAGGAACCCGCGCCCCACAGUGGAGUCCCUGCUGGGAGUCUCACCUCCGCCACAGCCAGUGAAAUGAAAGAAGAAGCAGCCUGAAACGCUAACCCUAAUUCCCUUCCUUUGAUUUCGAUCUCCGCUACAAAUGGCUUUAUCUCUGUUUCACUCCACUUCCUCCUCCAUUGCUUUCUCUUCUUCUUCUCCUUAUUCUCCUUCUUCUCCCUUCGCUAUUCCUUUCCCAACCCACCGCCUCUCACCUCGAAACACCGUAAGGUGUAACCUGGUUGAGCCAGUGAAGUUUAAUAAUGGAAGGCCAUUCAUUCCAGUCCUUAGAGAACCAACAUUACCCAAUUUCUUGUCAUCAAAAGAUAUGGAAGAAACAAUCAACAAGAAUGAUACCAGGCUGCGAAUAUUUUCUGGCACUGCAAAUCCUGCUCUUUCUCAGGAAAUUGCAUGCUACAUGGGCCUGGAGCUGGGAAAAAUAAACAUAAAACGCUUUGCUGAUGGAGAGAUUUAUGUUCAGUUGCAAGAGAGUGUUAGAGGGUGUGAUGUAUAUCUUGUGCAACCCACAUGUCCCCCUGCAAACGAGAAUCUAAUGGAGCUUUUGAUAAUGAUAGAUGCCUGUCGGAGAGCAUCAGCCAAAAAUAUCACUGCUGUGAUUCCAUAUUUUGGAUAUGCCAGAGCUGAUAGAAAGACUCAAGGGCGAGAAUCAAUCGCUGCCAAACUUGUUGCAAAUCUCAUUACAGAAGCGGGUGCAAACCGAGUUCUUGCUUGUGAUCUUCAUUCUGGGCAGUCUAUGGGUUAUUUUGAUAUUCCAGUUGAUCAUGUGUAUGGACAGCCUGUGAUACUUGAUUAUCUUGCAAGCAAAACUAUUUGUUCUGAUGAUUUGAUAGUGGUCUCACCGGAUGUUGGUGGAGUUGCUAGAGCGCGUGCUUUUGCCAAAAAAUUGUCAGAUGCACCUCUAGCCAUUGUGGAUAAAAGGCGCCAUGGGCACAAUGUUGCAGAGGUCAUGAAUUUGAUUGGUGAUGUUAAGGGUAAAGUGGCUGUUAUGGUGGAUGACAUGAUUGACACAGCUGGAACUAUUGCUAAAGGAGCAGCUCUGUUGCAUCAAGAGGGUGCCCGAGAAGUCUAUGCAUGCAGCACUCAUGCUGUUUUUAGCCCUCCUGCUAUACAGAGGUUGUCGAGUGGUUUGUUUCAAGAGGUGAUCAUUACUAAUACCAUUCCAGUGUUGGAGCAAAACUAUUUUCCACAGCUGACAGUCCUGUCAGUAGCAAACCUCCUGGGGGAGACUAUAUGGCGUGUUCAUGAUGACUGCUCAAGUGGCUUUGAACCCUAUUCCAGCUUGGGCAUUGAUUAAUCAAUUCUCGUCUCGGUGGUGUCCUUCCCAGCUUCUAUUGUUGCUGUUUAGCUCUGGUUUUGUAAACAGGAUUGUCUCAUAUCACAGCAGUAUCAAAAUUUUGCCUGGCUUCUUAACUUGUAUUCUGGUCGCUGAACAACUUAGCGCUUCAGUUGAUCAUUUGAGUCCUCAAAAUUGCCAUUUCCUCUUAUUUUUGUUACAAUACAAAUGUGUAAUGUCUAUGUAACAUUGAUUUGUUUAUACAGUUCCAACUGCCUUUGAUUUCUUUCUGUGGUUAGGACUUCAAUGUUCCAUCAAAUAUUCUCUCUUGUAAUGUAUUUAGCUUUGUCCAUUUAUAAAUGAAGUGAAGAAAGACCAAA